CGCGUCACCAAGUGGGCGUGGAUUAAAAGAACCAGGUCUUUAUAAACGAGAAGCUGCCAUUGAUUAGUGCUGAAGCUACACAGGACGCCCUGGACUGAUAAAUACAAAAAGACAAGAUCAACCCACUUGAAUAAAUCAAAAUCAGACAACAUAAUCCAUCCGAAAUGGACACCAUGCACGAAAUCAUCCCCUUCGCUAAGGAGAUGCUGGCGCAGAAGCCCAGCCGGCGCAUGUUGAAGGUGUACUUGGUGGGCUCCGUAAUUGCCUUCUUGGGAACGGUUCUGGGCCUGGUGGAAACAGUCUGCCAGCCCUUCUCCUCCGGGGAGCCGCUGGACGCCGAGCUGGCUCUGCUGAUAGCCCGGGAGCAGAAGACACUGGAGGUGGAGGAGGAAAGGAGACGGGAGGAGGAAAGGAGACGGGAGGAGGAAAGGAGACGGGAGGAGGAAAGGAGACGGGAGGAGGAAAGGAGACGGGAGGAGGUAGCAGUAGUUUCAGCCACCGAGCAGAUCACCAUUCCCAAGAAGCUGCAACAGGCGACGGGGGUUCAGAGAUGCGUUGGUGCUGUCAACCGACUGCACGCCGGGUAAUGAGCGUCCCAGGGCCAGUGUCAAAACACUGUUACAUAUUUAAAAGGAACUGUAUUAGUCCUUGCCACGCCAAAUACGGUGCGCUACAUACGCACUCGAAAUAGCUUCACAAGACGAAUGAAUGGCAACCUCAAGCAGUCAACAGAAAAGUGGUCAGACUGUCUGUGUUUAACUGCGCUUCGCUGCUUUGGGUAGCCCACGUUGACGGGUCAGGUGGAAUCCCACAAGUUUGAGUCCCCGGUGGAAGGAAGGCGAAAGAUCCGCUGUCAGACUCACUGUCGGCUAAUGAGAGCUCACAGGGCCGCUGCUGUGCAGGGAAUGGCAUAUCUCAAGCUGCCCGGGUUCCAUCCGUGUUCCCAAAAGUUACAUUUUUCUAAGACUUUUAAAAGUGCUAUUUUGUCAGUGCUGUAAAUAUAUUAAUGUUUUGCUACUCAAUAAAUUAAUAUUUGUAUUCA